AUGAUCACUGAUCUGGGAGUCAAGGAUAAUAUAAACAAACAGGCUAUGGAAAAUAUGCGGGAAGGAAAGGAUCAAAUCAUGAUUGAUAAAAUCAAAAGAUUAGAUACUGAAGAUGAUCGGGAUCAGCUUUUCAGUCCCAUCAUGAGGCUCAAAGGCUUUGAUGGCUGCUUGGAUACUCCUGUGGAGAUUCUGCAUGUAUUCCUCCUUGGGGUUGUGAAGUACCUAACUGGUGAUUUCAUGAAAGGACUGAAAGCUUGUCAUCUUGAAAGAUUGAUGGCAUCCUGGGAGUCUUUCAAUAAAAACUCACUCAAUAUUGAUAUUAUCAAUUCUGUAAACAUGGCCAAACACCAUGAUAGUUUUCUUGGAAAACAUUUCCGGAUAAUUUUGCAAGCAGCGCCCUUUGUAUUCUAUCAAUUUAUGACAGAAGAGCAACGGCAGCUCUGGGUUUCUAUGUUCCAGGACAAGACAUAG